CUGAUAUUCUAUAGCUUGUCGUCAAGCUGGUACAGCAAUUUUGAAAAUAUGUCGUCGUUAACGUUUUUAGUGCUUAUAUCUGCGCUGAUGAGUCUUCACUAUGCAACUGCUUCUCCCACAGUACAAAAGGAUAAUGUCUCGAAAAUGACCAAAUUUUUAAAUAAAUACGGUACACAAAGUUUUGAUACUUUCCGCAUGGGUGCUUCUUCAUCAGAUGGAUCAAGUUCAUCAACAGAUGUUGAAUUGGAGGAAAACCCCAAUUUUGUGGAUUCCGUCAUUACUGUUCAGAAAAUGCUUGGAAUUGAAACCUCAGGAAUUGUCACUGAUGAGACGGUUACUGAAAUGCAAAGAUCUAGAUGUGGGGUCCUUGACACACCCUUUGACCCAAACGCCCCAGGACAAUACGAAGUUCAAAGCAUUUGGAGAACGAAAUUGAACAAAAAGAAUGGAUUGUAUUAUGUAACAUAUACAUUUCCAAAACGGUCGACACCGAAAGGCUUGAAAUUUCAAAGUUUCAAAAAAGGCGUUACAUUGGCUAUGUGCUCAUGGGAAGAGAUUUCAAACAUUCGUUUUAAAAAUAUUGGACUCGGGAAGAAAAACGCUGAUAUCAGUAUCACUUUUGAAAAAGGUGAUCACGGUGAUGGUUAUUCCUUUGACGGAAAUGGCGGUACUUUAGCUCAUGCUUUUUAUCCUGAAGACGGUCGCCUGCAUUUCGACUCCCAAGAACCCUGGUAUUUGGCAUCAGAUAAAAAUCAGGAUCGUAAAAAGAAAGACGUAUACACUACAGCGUUACACGAACUCGGACACAUCAUUGGUUUACUACAUUCCAAAGACGACAAAACUGUCAUGGCACCUUAUUAUCGGUACCUCGGUACUUUUGAUGAAUUCCGCAUGCUGGAAGAUGAAAUGAAAGGUGUAACGAAAAUGUAUGGCGAUCCUAAAUACUCAGACCCGAGUGCUGAAACCUACAGCGCUUGUCGAGAAGCAAAGAAGUACGGUUACAAGAUUGAAAACAGGAAGAUACCUACUAAAGCUACUAAGGUUGCUGUUUACGAAAUACCAUGUGAAGACCGAAAUGAACAUGCAGACCGAUGUGAGUCGUGGAAAUCCCGAGGAUAUUGUUCCGAACCAAUGUUUGCUCAAACUUUACAUAAAAACUGUAAGAAAACAUGUGGAUUCUGUCCAGGUCCUGUACCCAACAAGAAGUCACCUGACAAAGUAGGAGCAUCAGUUUGUGACAUUGCAAAUUUCGAUGCAAUGACUACGACAUUCGAUACUGCUAAUGGUUUUGGAUUCUUAGUUUUCAAGGAUGACUUUUACUUCCGAAGUCAUAUUUCUCUAUCUUCGCGGCGAUAUUGGACGCAUACCUUGCUGAACAAUACUGACGAAUUGAAGGGUACCUACCGAUGGGAAACAGACCCCAAAACAAUAGCACCUGGAUUAUUUACAAUUGAACAUGAAAGUUUCUUACACAAGACAAAGAAAGUCGAUGCUCUACUGAUUUCAGAUCAAACAUAUUUGGCAUUUGAAGACAAAAAAGUCCACGUUUAUCGUAAAGAAAUGGGAACCUUAUUUUUCAACAAAACACAUUCAAUACAUGAGUUAUAUCCGCAAUACCCUCACACAAAGGUAGAUGCUGGACAUGUAAAACUCGGAGAAGAUGGAAAAAUGGCGAUUCACACUUUGUUUCGAGGGAGUAACAUGUGGCAGUACGAGGAAAUCAAAAACCCCAAAACGGGAGAUAUUUUGAUGUGGCCGCUGGAAAAUAAAACAAACACCGAUAUCGGAGAAUGGGGUGGAGUUCCGGCCUGCGAUUUAGAUGCAGUUUUUGAAUAUAGAGAUGUUCCAUAUUUCCUGAAAGGAAACGUAUUUUGGCCCGCCAUAGAUACGGAAAAACCCGUUGCCAGAGAUGUAACAUAUAACUUUUUCCGUUGUUGGCAAGAAGAGCCUACGAAUGUCUUCAUUCCAACAAAAUGUGGGGUUGAUAACUUGGAAACAGAUGGGGGUGACAACGGUGCCAGCAGUUCCCGUUUUGUAUCAGUAACCAUGCUCAUCAUGGUCACAGUACUGAAUUUCUUCACACUCAAAAUAGUAUCUUAGUAGUGCAAAAUGAAAGUUAUGUAUGACUGUCAUUGGCCACAUGAUCAGCCAUCAAGAAAGAAGAUUAAUCCUCAAAGAAAGAAUAGACAAUGUGAAGCAACAAAGUUAUUUUAAAUUGACUCAUUUAGGAGCAAAACCAUACAGUGUAUUUUCGUGUUUUCAAAACCGCUAUAUCCUCAAGCGUACAGUACCUUUGUUAAGAACAAAUACAAAAAAUUUGAAGCUUUUAUUUUCUAAGUUCAGUAAUCUAGAAAGAACCGGUUCUGACCAGUUUUGUGGUUGCAAAUUUAGUUUCCAUUGCCAAAUUGCCAAAAUGUCAAUUAAACGAAUAAGUUAAAAUACUUUUUGCAUCGAGUUUAAUCGUACACAUUCAAGAUAUUAUUUUCUAUUUUUAAAAACGAUUCGGUACUCAUAUAAACCUAUUUCUAUCUUUUCACCGUUUAUAUAUUUUAUUUAUAUUUUAUCGCUAUUAUUAUAAUAAAUUGUCAUUUUUAUGUUACAUUUUUUCUUAUCAUUCCAUUAUAGUGUCGUUGUACUGUAGAGUCAUAUUUUGCAUAUUGCAAGUUAAUAAUGUGUGGCCAUAUAUAGUAUUUAUAUAAAUCUAAUGUAUUUUUUGAGAAUUAUUCAUGAUCAAAUUUGAUACGUGAAUAACCAGUUUCAGAUCGUAAAAGUUAAUAAUUAUAAUUAAACUAUAAUAAGCUGUUCUCUACUAUAUGUUCUGUAUCGUAUUUGGUUUUAUGAAAAAUUUUGAUAUUUAAAAUGAAAUAUACCAAAGGAAAAAUAGAAAUUCUGAUUUAUGUGUGUCUUUAUGUAGUAAACGUGCAAAUUUACUAAACUUUCUGCAAAAAACUGUAGCAAUGAACUAAAGGUGCGACGGUCACGAUUAUAGGCCUCGGGGUGAUGUAUUGACGAUAAGCUAUUUCCUACCGUCUCAAACCAUCAAAUUGUUAUGGCAAUAACAUGGUAAGCAUAAACAUAUUCUUAAACAUUCUUGGCAAUUUUGAAUGAUAUAUUCUGUGUCACUAUAUCAUUUUUAAUGAUUUUUUUUAUAAUCGUAAUUAUAAGGACAGAGUCAUAA